CUGCGCAUGGCGGGCGCGGCGCGCGUCCCGGACCUCGCGAGCCUGCCGGCCGACCGGCUCGCGUGGCGGCCCGCGCGCCAGUCGCCGCGGUACCUGGCCGCGCGGCAGGCCGAGGACUUUGCCGCCUGGCAGGGGUGGCAGGAGUCGGUGGCGCGCAAGGCGCGCGUGCUCGCGGGCCAGCAGGCCGUGUCGCAGGACGCGGCGCGCAAGAGGAGGGCCGCUCGCAACGCGGCGGCGGCGAGGCUGCAGAUCCGGCUGCCCGACGGCGAGGGCAAGACGAUCCCCGGGUCCGGCGGCGAGGUGCAGAUCGUGGGGUCGAGGGAGUGGGAGGCGCUGCAGGGGCGGCGGGUGGCCGUCAUGUAG